UCGAAGAAUUUCUAGUUCUUUAAUUUUUUACGUUAUUUAUUUGUCAUAAGUUACUAUGUGCUUCAAUUUCAAAACAGUAAUUCACUAUUAAAAACGCGGGCCGAUGAACGGAAGCGUUAUCAAUUUCUUUUCAUUUGUUUGUAUGUUUUUUUGCGAAUUAAUUGUAAUUGAUUGUAAUUCAUAAAAAUGUCACAAGUUCGUAGUUUUUUAGAUGAAAGUAUAUCUCAUAUCGAUGAAACUAAAAAAAAAACAAAUCGUUCAAAAAAAAUAAAUAAUAUCGUGCCAUUGAUGAUAUGUCAUAUAAUUAAUUUGAAAGAUCAGUCAGACGAAUUAUCAUUGUGGGGUUUACCUGUAUCUAUCAUCACAAUUGUGGGUAUAGUACGUCAUGCUGAACGAGAUUCGACAAAAGUUACUUAUGAUAUUGAAGAUGAAACAGGCACCGUGACAGCAUUAAGCUGGAUAGAUUCUAAUAGACAAUUAGUCAAUCCAUUUUUAUUAGAAGUCAAUGUUUAUGUUCGUGUAUAUGGCACAAUUCGUUAUUAUAAUGGUAAACAGCAUAUUUUGGUUAUCAGUAUUGUACCUAUAGAAGAUUUAAAUGAAUUAACUAAUCACUUACUUGAAGUCACAUAUAUUACAUUAAAAACUCAAGAAAUGGCAGGAAUAGAUAUAAAAGUAUCAAAAGCUGAAAGAAAUGUUGAAAGUAAUACAGGCAAUAAUAUGGAUCCAAACCAGUCUGCAAUUUUUAACAUUAUUCUGUCUGGAUGUGAUACCGACUGUGGCAUUGGAAGAGCAAUGAUUAAAGAAUGUGCACCACAUCACUUAAAAUCACAAGUAGAUACAAUAUUAGAAUUUCUUAUUAAUGAAGGACAUAUCUAUACUACACUUACAAAUGAUCACUUUAAAACUACAUAAGUUUUACAUGUAUUUAUAUUGUAUUCUUUAUA